AUAUAAAAUCCCUUCUGAUUAUUUUUUUUAAAAAAAAAUUCCAAAUUUCCCCUCUUUCUGCCGUUACAGUUUGAAUCCAGCUCAUUCAAGCAACUCUCCACUUGUUCGGGUUCGAUGGGCAUGAAAUCUCCGGCGAGAUUCGCUCUCGGACGUCAAUCCUCGCUCGCCCCGGAUCGCGACGGAGGAACCACCGGCGCCAGGUCGGCGACGGAGGCAGAUGGCGACGAGGAGUCUCCGGCGGCGGAUCCGAGGGUUCGUCUGAUGUACUUGGCCAACGAAGGCGACAUCGAUGGGAUCAAUACGAUGCUCGAGUCCGGGACCAAUGUCAAUUUCAGGGACAUCGACGGUCGUACGGCUCUUCACGUCGCCGCUUGUCAGGGACGGCCCGACGUUGUUCAGCUGCUACUCAGCCGUGGCGCCGAGGUCGAUCCGAUGGACCGGUGGGGCAGUACGCCUCUUGCAGAUGCAGUGUAUUACCAAAACCAUGACGUGAUAAAACUUUUGGAGGAACAUGGUGCAAAGCCUCCGGUUGCUCCCAUGCAUGUCCAAAAUGCUCGAGAAGUCCCAGAGUACGAGAUUGAUGCAAAGGAGCUUGAUUUUUCAAACAGUGUGAAAAUCGCAAAGGGUACCUUUCGUAUGGCAUCAUGGCGUGGAAUUAAGGUGGCUGUUAAAACAUUCGGGGAAGAACUGUUCACAGAUGAAGACAAAGUGAACGCAUUUAGGGAUGAACUUGCACUGCUUCAAAAGAUACGUCAUCCCAACGUUGUCCAGUUUCUUGGUGCAGUUACUCAGAGUAGUCCCAUGAUGAUUGUCACCGAGUAUUUAUCUAAGGGAGACCUACGGGAAUAUCUUGACAGCAAGCGGGUUCUAAAGCCCGAACAAGCCGUGAAGUUUGCACUUGAUAUUGCCAGGGGGAUGAAUUACUUGCAUGAGCAUAAACCUGAAGCAAUAAUCCACCGUGAUCUAGAGCCCUCAAAUAUACUGCGGGGUGAUUCGGGCCACCUGAAAGUUGCAGACUUUGGAGUGAGCAAGAUGCUGGCAGUUAAGAAUACAGUCAAAGAAGACAGGCCGGUCACACCACAGGAUACAUCUUGGCGGUACAUGGCUCCCGAAGUGUAUAGGAAUGAAGAAUAUGAUACUAAAGUAGAUGUAUUUUCUUUUGCAUUGAUCUUGCAAGAGAUGAUUGAAGGAUGUGUGCCGUUUCCCAUGAAGCAAGAGAGCGAAGUUCCCAAAGCAUAUGUUGCAGAUGAGCGCCCUCCAUUCAACGCUCCAGCAAAAUGCUAUCCGCUCGAGUUGAAAAAGUUAAUCGAGGACUGUUGGGACAAAGAACCUUCUAGAAGACCGACGUUUCGAAGAAUUAUAGCCAAGUUGGAGGUCAUAGGUCAUCAUCUUGAGCGGAAGAGGCGGUGGAAGUUCUGUCCGUGUAUGUGAGGGACAAUGAGAUUUCGAUUUUUUUCUCUCGAACUGAUCAUGGAACAUUUCGGCCAGGACACAGGCCAUGUUAAGGAUAUACCAUCCGAGAUUCGGAGACUUGUUGAAGAGAGAUAACGUGAAUCCAAGCAGCCGUUCAUCUCGCUCCUUCAACAGGUGAGUUAUUACAACAAAACCAAAGAAGAAAAAAACAUUUAAAAAAAAACUGUUUUGUGUUAAGAGUGUCUCUGGUUUGUAACAUGAAAAAGGAUUUUUUUUUUUUGAUAAAUGAAAAAGGAUUUUGAUUUUCUUGCUAAUGGUUUUUGUCCCAAAGGCGAAAACACACCAUGACUGUUUUUUUUUUUUUCAUCUUUGGUCUUUUGUAACAUAGUAACAUGUCAUGUUUUUUUGCU